AUGGCCGACCCGUUUGAAGUCCGCAUGCGCUUCAGCGGCCAGCUGCAACACCUCAACGCGAGUGUUGUUUCCGCACAGAAGGCAGCACAGUAUGCGAUAAAGCACAGAGACCAGAGCGAGGAUUUACACAGCUGUAUUCUGGAGCAGCUUGAAAGGAACUCUAUGAAUACCCGAGCCAACAUCAUGUAUUUCAUCGAACCAUUUCUCGAGCUAGCCGAGAAGGAGCGAAACGGCAACGACUAUAUCCGCCGAAUGCAGCGCGACAUUAUUCGCGUCGUCGAUGCAGUGUGCCCCGAGGACGGCUCUGGCGCCGCCAACGUGAAGGUCGUCCGCAAGGUCCUGCGAGGCCUCACGUCCAAGGGCUUUCUCCUGGAGCAGACGGUCGACGAGAUCGAGGAGUGUCUGAAGGAUCGUGCCGCUGCCAGUCACGGCGACAUGGGUUUCUCGAGUCCCAAGCCCGCAAAACUGGAGAAGCGCCAGAUUGAGCAGCGCAUCGAGGAAGAUCGAGAGAGGCACAAGAAGAUGCGCGAGAACAUGUGG